CCAAAUAAAGCCAGAUGGGGAACCCUGCUGUAGGGAAUAUGGUGCUCUUUCAGAUGGAACCAAGGUCUCCACCCCCAGUUUCACCAAACCCUCCGUCUGAACAACACUCAUCCCACAUGUUUACAGAACACAACCUGUUGUUGUCAUGACUUUCAUCUUCAAGAUGAAAUAGUAUGUUACAAAUGGCAUAACUGGAGAAAGUAUUGGGAGUAUAGAAUAAUUAAGGAGUACCUUUAUAGGUGUAAGCUAAAGAGUAGAUUUGAGGGAGCAUAGAGCAAGAUUCCCCCUGUUGGUGAGGGCCUACAUUGGUCACUUUGAGAUCAAUGGAAUGAUAAAUCAUGUAAGGACAAGUGGAAACACUCCUCAAUGUAUGCAUUCAAUCAUACAAUAUCACAAAAAAAGUGCAUGAAUAGUAUUGUUUCUGUCUGAUAGAAAAUAAUUUGCCGCAAUGUCCAAGACUCUUGAAUUAAAGUACUGGAGAAGGCAUUCAUAAGCAGUUGUCAUUCUGAUGAAUAAUGUUAAUGCUACUGAUACAUCUAUGAGUGAGUAGAUAGGAGCUUGCCAAUCAUAAUCAUGUCGUAUUACUGUAAAAAAGUGAAAUUAAAGAACUGAAAUGAGGACCAGGAUGUUUCAUAUGGUCCAUAUGGUGUGUAUAUCUCGGUAGCAUUUCUGAAGAAAAUUGAAACUUGUUGUGUAACAUGAGGACAGAAAAAGGUCAGAGGGGAGGGUAAAGUUGUCCUGUUACGUGUCUUUACAGUUCACAGAGCAGCCAAUCAGGCCUGUGGACCAUCACCCAAGCCAAGUAUAAAAAGACACCUAUAACCCUCUGAUUCUCACUCUCAUCUGACACACAGGAUGACUAGUCUACACAUGAGGUGCUAUCAUCAGAGAAGGAAUUAUACAAUAACCCAACUGUUUCUCAUACUUUUACUGAUGUUUAAAACAGGGUCUCUUGCUAAAAUCAGCCAGAGCGAUGUCUUAAAGACUUUCCUGCCUGGAGACAGAGUUAAUUUGGAAUGCCUCAUGUCAGAAGAAGAUGGCAACUACUACAACUGGAUCAAGAUAAUAAUAGGACAAGCCCCAGUAUUGAUGCUGUCUCUUUACACUCACUCUAACACUGCAAAGUUCUUUGGAGAGUUUAACAACAACACCCGGUAUACGGCAAUGAAGAGUGGAACCAGUUUUGUGCUGACUAUUUCAGAUGCUAGACCAUCAGAUAUGGGGAUGUAUUACUGUGCUACACGCGAUUACGAUGCCAUGAUCUUCGGGAAGGGUGUGUUUCUGAUGUAUGGGGAUGUAGAUUCCAGGAACCAGCAUCUUACUCAACAGUCUGUGUCUGAGUCAGUCCAGCCAGGAGACUCUGUGACUCUGAACUGUACAAUACACACUAAGACCUGUUCAGGAGAUCACAGUGUCUAUUGGUUCAGACAUGGCUCAGGAGAAUCCCAUCCAGGAAUCAUUUACACCCAUGGAGACAGGAGUGAUCAGUGUCAGAAGAAGAGCCCUGAGGCUGGGUCUCCUACACAGAGCUGUGUCUACAACCUCCCCAAGAGGAACCUCAGCCUCUCUGAUGCUGGGACUUACUACUGUGCUGUGGCCUCAUGUGGGGAAAUACUGUUUGGGAACGGGACCAAGCUGGAUGUUGGAGGCCCUGCUGAUCUGGUGGACACCAAGCUCCUGGCUCUAAUCGUAUCCAACAUCUUGAGCUUGAUCGCCGUCGUUGUCCUCCUCAUCUGUGUGAGAAGGAAGAAAGGUUUGCCUCAACAGCCUCAAAGUGGUGUUACAGCCCCUUCCUGUCCUGACAAGGAGAGAGAUGAGGGAGAGGAGAUGAACUAUGCUGCCAUGAGUUUCUCCUCGAGGAAGACCAAGAGGAGAGCAGAACCAGAGAGACAGACCAGAGCGACGGACAUGAAUGUGGUUUACUCUGGGGUGAGAGGUCAUCAUGAGUGGAACUGGGAUUCAUGAUUUAUAAUGCAAUUUUAUAAUGCCAUUUAGAGUGCAUUGUAAAAGUAAUAUGCUGUGAACAUAAUUAACAGAAAUUCUGCUAAAUGUUUUAAUAAACGUUAAAAUAUAUCUAUAUUUAAGAUGACUAUUAGAGGGAGCAUGUGAUGUGUGUGUGUGUAAGGGGACUUUGAUAAGGACGUGCCAUCCUGUGCCAGAGCUGUCUCGACUUCUUUGAUCUGUAUGUACACAAACUAUCCAUCAGAGGGCAGUAGCCUUCCACAAAGGGAACAGACCACAGGCCCACCAAAAGGAACUCAUCACCAGUCAGUCAUAUGAUGAUGGCUAGCUACAUCUUAGUAAUUUAGCAUACACUCUUAUCCAGAGCAACUUACAGUAGUGAGUGCAUACAUUUAUCAUACUAUUUCAUUCUGGUCCCCCCCAUGGGAAUCAAACCCACAACCAACCCUGACAUUGCAAGCACCAUGCUCUAUCAACUGAGCCACAUGGGACCUGCUACAAUAUAGUAGGAUGGUAUUUGCCAUCUAUAUGGGUUUCUAGAUACCCACAAAAGGAAAUUAUAAAUUAUCUCGACUCUUGUUUGGAAAGGACACUCAAACCAGCGUGAACAAUCAAGAUUGUGGUUUAAAAUAUGUUAUUACAGUCUCACUUUUAAAACCAAGUUUUCAAAAGUACAGCCACAACUAUUUACAGUAUAGGUUUUAAUACKUAUGAAUGCUCAA